AAACUCAACAUUUGGACUUAAUCCACAAAAAACAAUAUGUCAAAACCAACAGAGAACAGAUUAUGGGGUGGAAGAUUCACCGGAGCCUCGGACCCCUUGAUGGACUUGUACAAUGCCUCCUUACCAUACGACCAGAAAAUGUAUGAUGCAGAUUUAACUGGAACCAAGGUUUAUACUGAAGGAUUGCAGAAGCUUGGAUUGAUAACCAGUGACGAAUUAACCGCCAUCCACAAAGGGAUUGAGGAAAUCAGAAAUGAAUGGCAAACCAAUACCUUUGAGGAAAAGGCCGGUGAUGAAGAUAUUCACACUGCCAAUGAAAGACGAUUAGGGGAAAUAAUUGGGAAACAUAUUGCUGGAAAAGUGCACACAGGAAGAUCAAGAAACGAUCAGGUAGCCACUGAUAUGCGGAUCUUUGUUCGUGAGAACUUGGAGAAGUUGUUGGAGUUUUUAUCUGGGUUCAUUGGUGUUCUUACCAAGAGAGCUCGGCAGGAAAUCGACGUUUUGAUGCCAGGGUACACCCAUUUGCAAAGGGCCCAGCCAAUCAGAUGGUCCCACUGGUUGUCGUGUUAUGCUACUUAUUUCACUGAAGAUUACAAGAGAUUGAAGCAAAUUUUGGUCAGAGUCAACCAGUCUCCUUUAGGGGCUGGUGCGCUCGCAGGCCAUCCAUAUGGAAUCGAUAGAGAAUUCCUUGCCAAGGGCCUUGGGUUUGAUUCUGUCAUUGGUAACUCUUUAACAGCUGUGAGUGACCGUGAUUUUGUUAUUGAAACGCUUUUCUGGUCCACUCUCUUCAUGAACCACAUCUCCAGAUUCUCGGAGGAUUUGAUCAUCUACUCCACUGCUGAAUUUGGGUUUAUCAAGUUAUCAGAUGCCUAUUCGACUGGUUCUUCAUUGAUGCCUCAGAAGAAGAACCCUGACUCGUUAGAAUUAUUGAGAGGAAAGAGUGGUAGAGUUUUUGGUUCGCUUUCGGGGUUCCUUAUGUCUACUAAGUCUAUUCCCUCCACUUAUAACAAGGAUAUGCAAGAAGACAAGGAACCAUUAUUUGAUGCUUUAACCACCGUCGAACACUCGAUUUUGAUUGCUACCGGGGUAAUUUCUACCUUGACCAUCAACAAACAAAGAAUGGAAGGUGCUUUGACCAUGGACAUGUUGGCCACCGAUUUGGCUGACUACUUGGUAAGAAAAGGGGUACCAUUCAGAGAAACCCACCACAUCUCAGGUGAUUGUGUUAGAACGGCUGAGGAAUUAAAGCUCUCUGGAAUCGAUAAGCUUUCAACUGCCCAGUUCAAGGAGAUUGACUCCAGAUUUGAAGCAGACGUUAAGGAGGUGUUUGACUUCGAAGUUAGUGUAGAAAGAAGAGAUGCUAUAGGAGGAACGGCAAAGUCCGCAGUCCUUGCCCAGUUAGAAGCUUUAGAGGCCCAAUUAUAGGUUCACAGGUCCAGCCUGUGGUGUAUUGGCAAUAUAAAUAUAAUUCCACUCUCUAGUCAUAUCAUAUUUUCAAGCUUCUUACUAAGUCGACGUAAGAACCGCAGCAGUUUGGUCUGCUUGAGGUCUUGAGUUU